AUGUCUCUGCCAAGUAGACAAACAACUAUUAUUAACCCUCUACCACCAGCAUAUAUAAAUGCUAAGAAAAAUGGGCGAUUGACAAAUCAAAUGCAGUAUCUACAAAGAAUUGUCCUGAAGGCUUUAUGGAAGCAUAGUUUUUCCUGGCCUUUUCAGAAACCUGUGGAUGCUGAAAAACUGAAUUUGCCUGAUUAUUAUACCAUUAUAAAAAAACCAAUGGAUUUAAGUACAAUUAAGAAGCGCUUGGAACAUAAGUAUUAUGUGCAGGCUUCAGAAUGUAUAGAAGACUUCAAUACGAUGUUCUCAAAUUGCUAUUUAUACAACAAGCCUGGAGAUGACAUUGUUCUUAUGGCACAGGCUCUAGAGAAGUUGUUUAAACAGAAAAUAUUACACAUGCCACAAGAAGAGCAAGUUGUGAGUGGUAAGAAAAGAACAAGGAAAGGCACUCAACAGAAUGUAGCAGUUUCUUCUGUUAAGGAAAAACAGUCUUCUAAAGCAUUGGAAAAAGUGUUGAAGCAGCAAGUGAGUCCCUCUGUAUUUUCUGAAACCUCUGCUUCUCCUUUAAAUAUGGCACAAGGUGCUCCACCCAACUCUACCUCACAAACAGUUGCUCAGGUUACCAGGGGUGUGAAGAGGAAAGCGGAUACAACAACUCCUACAACUUCAGUAGUUAGAGCAAGUGGUGAAUCUUCCCCAGUACUUACAGAAAAUAGACCAUCAAAAAUGCCACCUAUAAAAGAAACUGUGUGGAAGAAUGUUUUGCCAGACUCUCAGCAACAAUAUAAAGUUGUAAAAAAUGUUAAAGUAACCGAACAAUUAAGACACUGUAGUGAGAUUCUUAGAGAAAUGCUUGCAAAGAAACACUAUUCAUAUGCAUGGCCCUUUUACAACCCUGUUGAUGUUAAUGGGCUGGGACUCCAUAAUUAUUAUGAUGUUGUGAAGAAUCCAAUGGACCUUGGAACUAUCAAGAGGAAAAUGGACAACCAAGAAUAUAAGGAUGCAUAUGAAUUUGCUGCAGAUGUUAGAUUAAUGUUCAUGAAUUGCUACAGAUACAAUCCUCCAGAUCAUGAAGUAGUGACAAUGGCAAGAACACUCCAGGAUGUUUUCGAAAUGCAUUUUGCAAAGAUUCCAGAUGAACCUAUUGAGAGUAUACCUACAGGUAACAGUCAAACAGACACCACAAAAACUCAUGAAAGAGAAAGCAGUAGUGAAGCUUCCUCUGAAGAUAGCUCUUCUCAUGAUUCUGAAGAUGAACAAGUUCAGCGUCUUGCAAAGCUUCAGGAACAGCUUAAGGCUGUUCAUCAACAACUACAGGUUCUAACACAAGGACCUUUCCAUAAGGUAAAGAAAAAGAACGAGAAGUCUAAAACGGAAAAGAAAAAAGAAAAGGUUAAUAGAGAUGAAAAUCCAAGAAAAAAGUUUAAGCAAGUGAAAUUAAAGGAAAAGUCCAAGAGCAAUCAGCCAAAGAAAAAGAAACAACCAAUGUUGCCUCUGAAAUCUGAGGAUACUGAUAAUAUUAAACCUAUGAGCUAUGAUGAGAAAAGGCGGUUAAGUUUGGAUAUAAACAAACUCCCUGGAGAUAAACUUGGGAAAAUUGUUCAUAUAAUACAAUCAAGAGAGCCUUCAAUGAGAAAUUCUAACCCUGAUGAGAUAGAGAUAGACUUUGAAACACUGAAAACAACAACACUGAGAGAACUCGAGAAAUACGUUACUGCAUGUCUAAGAAAAAAGCCACCAAAACCUCAUGGUAAGAAAAUUAUGAAGUCCAAAGAAGAACUUCAUUCACAGAAAAAACAGGAGUCGGAAAAGCGAUUACCGGAUGUCAGUAAUCAGUUAAAUUGUAGAAAAUGUCAAGCAAAAUCUGAGAAAACUCCAUCAUCCAUGGCUGUUGUUGGAAUUGGUUCCCGACUGAGUGGAAGCAGCAGUAGCUCAUCAGAGCCUGAAAGUAGUAGCAGCGAUUCAAGCUCUUCACACAGCAGUGAUUCCGAAUCAGAAAUGUUACCUAAAUUUACUGAAGUGAAAUGGAAUGAUUCUCCUUCUAAAAAGAAAGUAAAUAUACAAUCUUCUGUGCAAGAUGCAAUGUCUUAUUCUACUACCCUUGUUCAUCAGACUAUGCAAUCAAGUGGAAUACCACCAAAUCACCACCCGUUAGCAUUUAAUCAUCCAGAAUUAGGACAUACACAAAGUGUGAAAAAUAUUCCACCUUUACAAAUCCAGCCUCCCUCAGGUGAUUCUGAAAAAUGCUUGAAUGGCCUACCCAUGAUACGUCAGUCUGUUGAUAACACAGCGGUUUUGGAAUCUGAAAGUCGAGUUCCUGAGCAGAAGGACAUAAAAAUCAAGAAUGCAGACUCCUGGAAAAGUCUGGGCAAACCAGUCAAAACUUCAGGUGCACGGAAAUCCUCAGAUGAACUCUUCAACCAAUUUAGAAAAGCAGCAAUAGAAAAGGAAAUAAAAGCUCGAACGCAGGAACUGAUACGGAAACAUCUGGAACAGAAUACAAAGGAAAAAAAAGUAUUUCAAGAAAAUUGGAGGAACCCUGGCUUCAGUCGAGAACCUUUUUCAAAUAAGAUGCAGAACAAAUGCCUUGGAGAAGAGAAGAAAGAGCAUCAGCAGUCAUUGGAAGUUCAAGAUAAGAGUAAACUCUGGCUUCUCAAAGACCGCAAUUUAGCAAGAGAGAAAGAGCAAGAGCGGAGGAGGAGAGAAGCAAUGGCUGGUACCAUUGAUAUGAAUCUUCAGAGUGACAUUAUGACAAUGUUUGAAAACAACUUUGAUUAA